UUGGAUUGGAAGUCUUAAGCGUGCUAUGAGGGGUUUGCUCCCUCUGAAAACACUGGCAGGCGAUUUGCUUCGUUUUCCGUUUUAUUCAACAAUGUUUUUCCCGAGAGAAAUUACUUUGAAGAAUUCGAGGAAACAGCGCCGCGCGCCUUGUAAGUGGAUUACUUCCUAUCUAACUAGAAACGUUUAAAAUGGAUUUGUGUGCACCGCGUCCGGUACGAGUGCCGUUAAUUUGCGCUAAACAGUGAUUACCGAUCUGUCUGAACUGAGUGCGCGAGUUCAACUUAUUCGGACAGUAUUCUGGCACAUCUCGCGCCCUUGCUCAAUGAAUUAACUAAGAUGCUGAACACUCGGCACAAAAGCUCGGGGUGCAGCUUUUAAAAGUUGUGGUCCUGAGGCUCAUACCCUAAAAUGAGGUUCAACUGCCGCCGCAAAUAACUUUGCGAGAAUGGAGAUGAUGGAAAAUGAAGCUGUGGCGUCAGUGAUUAGAACAAACCGCACCACCGCCACGAACACCUCCGUGGACUUCUCCGGCUCCUUUAAUGAGAUGCUGGUCACUUCUCUCCUAGGGACUAUCUUAAUCGCAAUGUGUCUUGUCGGCGUGACCGGCAACGUCUACACGCUGGUGGUGAUGAACAUCUCGAUGAGGGUGACGGGUUCAAUGUACGUUUAUAUUGUGAACUUAGCACUUGCGGACCUGUUGUAUCUUUCCACCAUCCCCUUUGUUGUAUGCACCUACUUUGUAAAGGACUGGUACUUCGGGGACAUUGGCUGUAGGGUUCUGUUCAGUUUGGACCUGCUCACCAUGCAAGCCAGCAUCUUCAUUCUGACGGUCAUGAGCACCGAGAGAUACUUCGCAGUGGUGAAACCUCUGGACACAUUCGGGAGGUCCAGGAAAUACAGGAAGACCGUCACCUGCGUGGUCUGGCUGCUGUCCUUUCUGCUUGCCUUGCCGACCAUGAUUAUGAUCGAUCUCAGAACUAGUCACCAAAACGGCGAAGUGAAACGCAUGUGUCACCCGACCUGGCAGAUGGAGGCGUACAAGGUGUACCUCACCGUGCUUUUCAACACCUGCAUUUUAGCGCCAGGUUUCGUCAUCGGUUACCUAUACGUGCGGUUAGCCAGGACUUACUGGAUUUCACAGACCAGGGUGCUCACCACCCAGGACGUGAAUCGCUGUCCAAAGCAGAAGGUCCUCUACAUGAUCCUCAGCAUCGUCCUGGUCUACUGUGCGUGCUUCAUACCGUUCUGGUUGUGGCAGCUGCUGUACAUUUACUACUACCGGAGAGGGAACCUGUCACCAAAGACCGUUUUUUACGUUAAUUUCGUUGUAACGUGCUUGGCUUACAGCAACAGCUGCAUCAACCCCUUCUUGUACACCCUGCUUACAAAGAAUUACAAGGAGUACCUAAAAAACAGACCCCGUGGCAGUGGGGGCUUCAAAGGGAAGUCCAACAGACACUCCUCCCGAAGAUCCGUGUCUUCUGGGGGUCCACAGUACACAGAGACUAUGACUGUGCUGCACCCCAAGGGGGUCACCGGAGAGCCUUGUCCAGUCUGAAAACCGUGAGAUGAUAAAAUGGUUAAGAAAAUGUACGGAUGGAUGAGUCCUAUGGAGACCUAGCCAGAGUUAAGAAUUGUGUGUGGACCUCAGCUUCUCCAUACUCAGAAUACGGAACUGCUUCCCGUAUAACGCGUGGACUUCCAUUAAGGCAAUGGGUGCAAAACAUUUGACCCAGUUCAGCAUUGAAUUACUGAAACGUUUACAGGACGUGAAUGAACCACGUAGUUUUGCACGUCAGUCUUUUUUUUUUUUGUAAAUAGCUCAAACUUGACUCAAAACGUUCAAAAACUGAGCUGCGAAUUGAAAACGCGAAAUGAGCCGAAGUGUGUGGAAAACCGAGUACAGUCCGCCAUCUAGAGGUUAAGCGUGCUCCGAGACACGUCACGACAUUGUCAGCUUGUGUUUGAUUUGCGGUGUUUUUUAUUCAUGUCUAGUUAUAUGCGUAUAAUUUUCUUGGUGCCGAUAAAUACAAAUGUUUUU